UUUUGUAAAGACACUGGAACAUUGUUGCAUUUGGCUACGCAUCUAACGAACCACUGGACACAUUUCAAUUGUUUUUGUAUCAGUUUGCUCCAGCGUAUGCUACAUCGUAGCGUAUUUCUGUCACAGCCAAAGUUGGACUGAAAGCGUUAGAAUGAGAAAAAAGCAGAAUGUGAAACAGAGAAAGGCAGAAACAAUAACCGCAACAAUAAUAACACCAACACCAUUAACAACAACAACACUAUCAACAACAACAGCAGCAGCAGUCAUCCAGGAGUUUGUGGUUGAGAAGAUCAUCCAUCGAAGGGUCUCCAAUGGAAGAGUAGAGUACUAUCUGAAGUGGAAAGGAUUCACUGAUGCUGACAACACCUGGGAACCCGAGGACAACUUGGUCUGUCCUGAACUGAUAGAAGAGUUCCUGAGAAACCUCUGUUUGUCUGGAGAGAAUCAGGUGGAGGAAGAGAACCUACAGCCUGUGGAACCAGAGCUAGUCCCCAAAGAGGAACUGGCAGGACAGGAGACGGAGAUUCAGGUGUACAGCGAGCAGAGACAUAAUGACCUCCAGGAACCAGCUGACCAGGAUUCUCCUACUGCCCUCACCUGCCCCCUGGAACCUGAACGCAUCAUCGGCUCCACAGACAGACACGGAGAACUCAUGUUCCUCAUCAAAUGGAAGAACCGUGACGAGGUGGCCCUGCUGUCAGCCAGGGAGGCCAGCGCCAGGUAUCCUGAGGUGGUUGUAGGCUUCUACGAGGACAAACUCACCUGGCACUCUGGGGACGAGGACCAGUAAA